AUGUCCUCCUCCGAAUCGAAACCCGCAGAUCUCGAGGCCACCGCCGAGGCCGCCAAAGAAGCCGUCGAGGAGACCUCGAAGCCCGAAGCUGCCGAUCAGCAAGACGAAUCCUCCGGUGACGAGGAAGCGCCCGCUGCCAGCGAAGGCGCCGGUCCCGCCGCAGCCAAGAAAAAGAAGAAGAAGAGCAAGAAGAAGAAGCUCAAGGAGGCCCUGAUCGGCACGAGCAAUGCUGAGGCCGGCUCCAGCUCUGGGGCCUCGGCACCGCCGAAGCAGCAGUUGAACAAGGAACAGCUCGAGGCGCUGCUGGCCGCGAACCCUGCCCUCAAGUCCGAGUUCGACAAAAUGGACGAGCAGCAGGUGCAGGAACUGCUCAAGAACCUGAGCAUCUCGGAUCUCUUGACUGGUGUCACCUUCGGCAGCAAGAAUGCGAAGGACAUGGCCAGCUACAAGUUUUGGCAGACGCAACCCGUUCCUUCCUUCGACGACCCCAAACUCAAGGUCGAAGAUGGGCCGAUCAAGGUCAUUGACAAGGAGAGGGUCUCCAAGGAUCCGGCGCCGCUGGUUGAGGGGUUUGAGUGGGUUACAAUGAACUUGGAGGACGAGAAGGAAUUGGCCGAGGUCUACGACCUGCUUACCCACCACUACGUCGAGGAUGAUGAAGCCAUGUUCCGCUUCAACUACUCGGCCUCUUUCCUGAACUGGGCGCUGAAGGCACCCGGAUGGCGUGACGUCUGGCACGUUGGUGUCCGCGCGACGCAGUCCCGCAAGCUCGUUGCCUUUAUUUCCGGCAUCCCGGUCAAACUCCGCGUGCGUAAGAACCUGAUCAACUCGGUGGAGAUCAACUUCCUCUGCGUCCACAAGAAGCUUCGUUCCAAGCGUCUUGCUCCGACGCUCAUCAAGGAGAUUACCCGCCGCUGCUACCUGAACGAUAUCUUCCAGGCAAUUUACACGGCCGGUGUUAUCCUUCCGACUCCUGUUGCUUCCUGCCGCUACUAUCAUCGCAGCAUUGACUGGGAAAAGCUGUACGAUGUCGGGUUCUCGCCGCUGCCGCAUGGCUCAACCAGGCAGAGGCAAGUAUUGAAGUACAAGCUUCCAGACAAGACAUCAACCAAUGGCCUCAGACCCAUGGAGGAGAAGGACUGCGAUCAGGUCAAGGAUCUCUUGACGAAGUAUCUCGCGCGCACGCACCUGGCUCAAGAGUUCUCCAAGGAAGAAGUAGAGCACUGGUUUAUCAACAGGGAGAAGGACGCGGAUAAGCAGGUCGUGUGGGCUUACGUGGUCGAAGACCCUUCGAGCGGCAAGAUUACCGAUUUCGUCUCAUUCUACUGCCUUGAAUCUACGGUCAUCAAGGACCAGGGCAGGGGCAACCGUGUCGUCAGAGCUGCGUACCUGUACUACUAUGCCACCGAGGUGGCGUUCACGGGAGACCAGAAGGAGCUGAAGGCCAGGCUGAACGCAUUGAUCAAGGAUGCCUUGACCCUUGCAAAGAAGGCCAAGUUUGAUGUUCUGAAUGCUCUCACGCUUCUCGACAACCCUCUCUUCCUGGAGGAGCAGAAGUUCGGUGCAGGAGACGGGCAGCUGCACUACUACCUUUACAACUACCGCACGGCGCUCAUUCCUGGUGGCGUCAACGACAAGAACCUGCCUUCUGAAAAGCACAUGGGUGGAGUCGGUGUUGUCAUGCUCUGA